UAAAUGUGACCAUGACUGUGCACCAGUUGUCAAAUGCAGUGGCUUUCUGUAUUAUGGAUGGGGUUUCAUUUGCCUAAGCCCAAUAUGGGCUGGACUAAUCAAUGUGAGUGGGCGUUCAAUGAAAGGGUGGAGCUCAAUUACUAGAUUGUGCAACUUUAGAUCUAUUAUUAUUCUUUUAAAAUUAUUUUUAUUCUUUUAAAAUUAGCUUAUUAUUGCUUUUACCAUAAUUACUGAUGAUUUGAUGUUUAUAGACUUUGAUCUCUCUUUCCUCCCUUGCUGCUGUUACCCACACUACAUGAAUUUCAUUAAAAAUUAAAUCAUUCAUUUGAGAACCAAUCCUGCACCCUCUCAGCCAUAUCUAUAUAAAUACCAUACAACUUAGGCUCUACAUAUUUUGUCUUGCUGUUAAUCUGCCCCAGUCUUUCUUUUCUUUGCAGUUCUCAUUCAAAUUGAAGCAGCAGCAGCAGCAAUAUAUGUAUGAUGCUCUACUCAAAAAGAGAAUGUACUAGUCUAGUGCUAGCUUGUGCUGUAGUCACUCUUACUCUCUCAAGCCUCAUAGUUUACUAUUAUAUUGAUGAAUAUGCCUUCAAUGAUGAAGACUUAAGUGGGACAAUAAAUUUCAAUGUGACAGGGACUACAAACACUACCCAUUGCAGUAAUGAAUCCAGCAAUGCUACAAUAAAUGAGCCAGUAACACUGUGCAGUCUGCAUGGCCUUGGGUUGAUUCCCAAUGGCUGCAAUAGUGACUCAUGCACAGCCUACAGAGGCAGUGUGUGUGCUCCAGUAUUGACUGCAUGGUCUUCAUGUGCUCAUGGGAAUGAGCUGAGAGUUGGUUCUGGAUUAGAUCAGAAUUCAAUGGAAUACAAUGCUGUUCAAUUUAAUCAAUAUUUAAAUUUGGCAAGCUCAGAGUGCCAGCAGUUAGCAUUUCCUUUCUUUUGUCUUUACUUCUUUCCUCUUUGUGACUGCACCUCUUUGCAAAGAACAGUCAAGCCUACAAGAGAGUUGUGUGUCUAUAUACGUGAUUCAAUCUGUCGAGCUGAAUGGCAUCAAGUUGGCCUUUUAAGACCAGAUCUACUUCCAGACUGUGCUCAAUUACCACUUAGAAGUCAAACUAUUGAAAAUAACACGACAGUUUGUAACAACAGUGAAGCCUCCUCUGGUUCUAAUUUUUCCAAUACGACUUGCGAGAAAAACUUUAUUAAAGAUGCUGAUGAUUUUUGCUGGGCAAGCUGUCAAAAUUGGAAGCAAGACCCAGAGAGUCUCUCUCUAGCAAUGAAGAUAUUGAAUACAUCAGUAUCACUGACUGGGCUCUUAAUGGCAGUCAUAGCCUUAGCCUUCUCUCUUUAUGAAUAUAAGAAAAUGUUCUCGUUUCCACUUGUUUACUGUACUUUCAUGCUACUCGACUAUCUGGUAGAGGUUAUUUUUGUGCUACUGUCAAUAUUUUGGCCUGAGGUUUACUGCAGUCAUGACCAAUUAGAGAUAAGUAUAAAUAAUCCAAGCACAUUCUGUACUAUCUCAGGAAUUGUAUUUCAAUAUACAGCACUCCAGGUUGGGCUUUUCGCAGUCAUCCAGUUAUGGUCUAUGUUCUGUGCAUUAUAUUUUGCAGAGAAAACAAAGAAAUACGUGUUAAAUAAUAUCAACCAUGUCGUAUUCACUUUGAUUGGUUUUGUGGUCCCUGGAGUUGCCAUUGGCAUAUGCUACACAUUUGACGAUUUUAAGUACACUCAAUCAUCAUUCCCGCCUUUAUUCUGUACGCCAAACAAAUUCGAUUACUGGCUUUACUCUUUUGUGAUACCUUACUACAUACUACUACUCAAUGGCAGCUAUUUAUUCAUUUUCAUUAUCUGGCACAUUCAAAAAUUUCAAGGUUUAUUUCGACAGACUAAAGAUAUUAAAGCCGAUUUAGCUAUACCAGCUCCUAAUAGGGCGUUACUCUUAAUCCCAAUGAGUGCUUUACUGUUUGGCAGUGUGUUGUUAAUACUAUCAGUACUGACUGGGACCCAGAGCGGCUCUAUCACUACUGCCAUCGUUCAGUACUUUAUAUGCGAGAGAGAUGGGCAUAUACCCGGGGAAUGCUCCCGAGAUAAUUUUGAGCAUUAUUCUCAUCCCUACAUACUCUUUCUGGCAUUUUUGAUAUUUGUACUUGUCCCUGGUUUCAUCUUAAACUUUGUCGUAGUGAAUUGGGUAUCAACUCAAAAGGGCUCGUCUUCUGAUUUGAAAGAGUUGGAAUCCACGAGUGACGAUAAUCAGCAGUUUAGAAACAGACCCAUAUCAACUCACAGUGACAUUAACAAAACUUAUGAAAUGGAUGCUCAGGAAAUCUUGUACUGAUUGACAAAACUGUGUUCAUCACUUAUCUUACGUUAUUCCCACGUAAAAUUUCAAUUUUAAAAUGCAUCUUUAUCUUAAUUAUUAAUAAUAGUGUACUGUAGCACAUAUAUAUGUUAUGAUCCUCAUGGUAGUAACAUCUAUUGAUCAUGCAUAAUGCAGUUAAUGUGUGUGGCAUUGUGAAUACAAUGCACACUGGUGUCUCAGGUCAUGAAUAAAUAUUUGUUUGGGUGUGUCUUCUCUUGAGAAAUCUCUCUCUCUGUUUGUUGAUAAAAUGAUAGAGUUGCACUCACGAAAAUCACAAGACUUCAAGCUUGAUUGUUCAUCCUUUAGCAACAAGAAAACAAGAAGAGUAGGCUUGGUGUUUGCUGGUAUACUACUGGUACUCUUAAUCCACUCUCUAGCUAUUUAUUAUUAUGUAUCAGAAUAUGGCACUUCUUUCACUGACCCUGUAAUCCCUAAUGUUACCAACAAUACUGAAAAUAUUUCUAUCACUUGCUCUCCUUCCUUCAUCCAAGACAAUGACUAUUGCUAUCCUUCUUGUUACAGCUGGACUACAGACUCAGACAAUCUCAAAGAUGCUCUAAUACUUUUAAAAUCAAUGAGCAUCAUUGUAAGCCUUGCUGCUGGCCUGGGAGCGUUGCUCCUCUUAAUUUAUGAAAAUAAGUACAUGUUUAAAUUCCCAACUCGACUUGUCGUAUUCUUGCUACUUGACUAUCUGGUCCUAAGUAAGUUAUAUUUCCAGU